CCCCACCCAAUCCACCCCCUACCCCACCAGGACCUCUACACCAAGCCAAAUGGUCUUCUGUUAGAUACCCAUUGCAUGGAGUCAUUCGGAUGUGGAGAAUGGAGACGAGCCAACAACAACUUGCAUUUAUAUAUCACCUCUCACGCAGGGUAGCAUACCAGAGUCAACACGGUCCUUUGAAGGGGAAUUUGGUGAAGGGUGUGAGAGGGAACGGGGAGGGCAAUGUGGAACGGGAGUAAAGCUGGCCUCAGUUGUAAGGUGCCCUUGUAUAGGCGUGUGCUAUGAGCCUGAGUUACACAACAACUUCCAUCUUUAUAGCACCUUGCACGUGGGGAGGACACCCCAAGGCAAUAAUUACUGUAGCAGGAACUGAGAUCAGUGGUGACCACUUUUCUUAUGCUACCCAUUAUAAAGUCAAACCACAACGUUAUAAUAGGGCCUGACUUUAGCUCCAGUGGGCGAGGUAUAGGCACAGUCACGAUGGGUCGAACAGCCUCCUGUGCAGUAAGGCGUGGGAUGUUCUGUCAAGUCUCAUUUCUCUGCUUCCAACAUGUGUCUCCAGCGUUGGCCUGCUCCCUGACGGAGAGAAUAUGCAAACUGAAGGAGGAGAGAGCCAGAGAGUACCGGGACAUAAUGCUGCAGCUCACCCUCACUCCGCACCUGAAAACCAUACACAUCCCCCGAGCAAUGGAGAAAGCCCCAUUUCUGCAGCAUCCAGGCCUGACAGCAGGACAGAAACGUUACCUGUACAGCAUUGCUAACAUCUACAGUACAGACUGCAGCCGCCGCCUGAUGCAGAAACAGUAUCUGAGCACGUUACAGCAGCGUGCUCACCUCGGAUACAUCACCCAUCGUGAAUGCCAGAAGUACACGGACCAUCUCCUAAAGCUCAAGCCUCAGAGAGAAAACAAGAGAGCACAGAGAAGCAGCAGCUUCCCAGCUUCUGCAAAGCAGCCAGCGAGAUCCAUUUUCCUCCCCAGGAUAGGGGAAGGCAGUCAGAGGUUACAGUCCGGAGUUCAACCAAGCAACAAGACCAAGCGAGUGCGUGUCAGUUCAGUUACACAGUCACAACCAACAAGAGAUGUGGCCACUUCGACAGAGGAGGAACUCGUGUACUUGAUGAGCUGUGCGUCAGUAGAAGAACGGGCAGAGACAACCAGCCGAGAACGGGGUGAAGAGAAGUACGACAAAGGAAAGAGUAAACUGCGUUCUCAAGCUGCGAUUUUAUCUCAUCGUCACUUUGAAUGCCAACAUUUAUAGGGAAAUGCUAAACUACACACCCAUUAACACGCGCUGGUGCUAACUAGUUCCCCCACCGGAGAUUCAUACUGAAAAACUUGCACAUUCCACAAGCCGCUCGUGAAAACUCUAAUGCCCUUUUAAUUCAGUGAUUGCUCUCUCUCUCCAUGUUAAAUUUAUGACCUGCUGUUACCGAUUAAUAACCGACAAGAAUAAUUCUUUUCACAACUUCUCCUUUCAAAAAAAAUAUUUAAUAUUUAGGUCCUCUCACUCGUUUUCAAAA